AUGCGGGCGGCGCUGCGGGCGCGGCUCGGGUGGGCGCGCCGGGCGCUCCGCGGGGCCGCGCCGGGCCGCGCCCCGGGGCCGCCGUGCUGGAGCUGCGGCGCUGCGCUCCCCGGCAGCGAUGGGCCGCUCCGCUUCUGCCCCGGCUGCCGGGCUUUGCAGCCGCCGGCGCCGCGGCCUGACCUCUUCCGCCUGAUGGACUGCGACCGCUCCUUCCGCAUCGACCCGGGGCAGCUGCAGCGGCGGUUCCGGAGCCUGCAGCGCGCCGUGCACCCCGACCGCUUCGGGCAGAGGCCGCCGAAAGAGCAGUACUACUCUGAGCAACACUCUUCCCUGAUCAACAAGGCCUACCAGACCCUGCUGAACCCUCUGAGCCGGGGCCUCUAUCUGCUGGAGCUGAGUGGAGUGGAGCCAGCACAAGAGACAGACUGUGAUGCAGACUCAGCGUUCCUUAUGGAAAUCAUGGAAAUUAAUGAGAAAUUAGCAGAGCCCAAAAACAAGGAUAACCUUGGAGAAAUUGAAACUUUAAUUAAAGUUAAACAAGAAGAACUGACCAGAGAGGUGACUGCAGCUUUUGAAAGAGAUGAUCUUCAAGAAGCCAAGAAGCUGCUAGCAAAAAUGAAGUAUUUUGCAAACUUAGAGGAUAAACUAAAGGCCAAGAAGAUCCCUUCCUGAUGUUGCCUUCUUAGCUAUUACGAAAAAGAUUUGUUUUUUGUCUCAGGAAUUAUGAGGAAGAUGAAAGCAGCAACAACGAAGCACUCCAGUAAGAACACCACAAAACAAUAC